AUGGCUAUCGCGAUUGCAUCAUCAAGAAUUGCGUCAACGUUACUGCAUGGAGGCAGAACAGCUCAUUCUGCCUUGAAGCUCCCCUUAAAUCUCGCCCAUUCAGAAAAUCCUAUCUGUAGCAUAAGCAAGGGCUCUGGUAAGGCUCAAGUACUGAAAAGUUGCAAGCUUAUUUUAUGGGACGAGUUUACUAUGGCACAUAAGAAAGCCCUUGAAGCGCUUGAUCGAACGUUGCGAGAUUUUAGAGAAAACACCAGAAUUAUGGGAGCUUGA